AGUUUCUUUCCCUGUGUUUUUCAUAGAUUAAAGGAUGUGGCCAGUGCAACAGGAAAUGUAGCACACCUACCAUGGCUGUUUAAAAGAGUGAAACUAAAGGGGGUUAAAGACGAAGGCAUUGACAGCCAUACACAAAUACAUGAGACAGAGCUGGCUGCGUUCUUCCCACUGGCAUCCAUUUUGACAUGAAGAGGGUUGGAAGCGGGUUAUUUUCCUCAUCUCUCUCCAAGGAUAUGAGGCUCCCUCCACCCCAGUAAUCUUCCGGUUGUAUUAAUGAUGCUACACCUGUGACAUUUAUUUUUUAUAAAUAAUGUUAAUUUAUUCAAUUUGUUAAGACCUUGCUUGACAACACAUCCGGCCAAUGUGCCCUAAACUUUGAGAUUUUUUUGAUUUUGGAGAAUCUUUGGAAUUUAUUAUAAUUUAUGUAUUUUUGUUAAUAAGAUAGUGAGGUUUAGAUUGUCUCCUGACAAUUUUAUCAUGUACUCUCAUGUUGAUGGUGGUUUCGCUCAGUUGACAUUGUCUAGAAUUUCUUUUCAAUGUUCAUUUACUAAUGGGUCAGCAAAUUAUGUUUUUUUGUUUCUUUGGGAGUCAUAAAAUAAUAAACAAAUUACUUUCUACCAGGUAUUAAAGCAAUUUAUUUGAUCAAACUAUUACAUAACACCCUAGAAACAAAAAAUAAUCUGAAAAGAAAAGUUUCAUGUGGCAUUUCUAUUGUGAUGCAACACAAAAAGUCCCCUGCUAGUCUGAGAUUGACGUCAACUACUUGUGGUUCCUGUAACAUGGCCAUCCAUCUUGUCAUAUACAUUCACUGCUGAUAAAAGUAUUGAUUUAAUUCAAUGUGUGGUGGAAAAGUACACUAGUCAUGUUUAUAAUGAAUGUAAAGCCCCUUAAUAUGUUAUCUGAUUGUCUCUUAAAAAUCUGUAAGCACCCAAUGUAAUUAUGCAACUCACUGGAUAUCAUACCACAGCUCCCUUUAAAGGAUUCAGUGUAAUGUCAUAUUUCAAAAAGAUUUUCAAUUUCUGUUCCUUUUGCAGAAGUAAAAAUGCCUGAUCAUUAAUCUGGAUUAUGUAACUGCAUCUGGAGUGAACAAGGGGAGCCCAGAGGUCAACUUCACCUUUUUCCCAAAAACAGGGUUUGUGCAGUGGGGAGAACCCCGUCAACCUUUAACAUGUGAUGGGUGUUGAGGUCUUUGGGCAAAAUGCUUGCCGUGCAUCACUGUGAUUGGGUGCUACACAUUGGUGGCGGUGAUUGAGGUGUUUGAGUUGUCCUCUUACAAAGAAAGGGGCUUUGAGACUCUCUAUAUGACUGAUAUAUUAUUGUUAUUACACUCCUUACCAUAUGUAUUUGUGGACAGUGAAGCUAACAUUUAAAUGUGGCUCUAUACUCCAGCAUUUUGUUUAUAUGAGGGGACAGUACGAAUUACAGAUUUUAUUUGAGGGUAUGUUCAUACAGUACAUACUGUAUCUGUUUUGCCAUUUACAAUGAACACUUUAUGUUUCAGGUAAAAUGCCAAAAAAAAAGGAACAAAAUUUUAUAAAGAGGGAUACAAAGUAAUUGAAAGCAGGUGCUUCCACAUAGGUGUGGUUCCUGAGUUAAUUAAGCAAUUAAUUCCCAUCAUGCUUAGGGUCAUGUAUAGAAAUGCUGGGCAGGCCAUUAUUUUUUGGGUUUCUAUGGUUAUGGCCAAUAGGAUGGAAAUGCCCCAUCCACAGGGACAAGUCACUGAAAGGUUUGAUGAGCAUGAAAACCAUGUAAACCAUAUGCCAUGGCCGUCUUAGUCACCAGAUCUCAACCCAAUUGAACACUUAUGGGAGAUUCUGAGCGGGCGAAUGAGACAGCGUUUUCCACCACCAUCAACAAAACACCAAAUGAUGGAAUUCUCGUGGAAUAAUUGUGUCACAUCCCUCCAAUAGAGUUCCAGACACUUGUAGAAUCUAUGUCAAGGUGCAUAUUAAGACGCUUUGUUGGUGUUUCCUUUAUUUGGCCAUUACGCCCCAUUUGAAGAAAUCAUAGGUAUUUGGACAAAUUCAAUUGUAGUGUAUAAAGUAGUCAAAAGUUAAGUAUUUGGUCCAUAUUCCUUGCACUCAAUGAAUACAUCAAGCUUGUGACUCUACAAACUCGUUGGAUGCAUUGCAGUUUGUUUUGGUUGUAUUUCGGAUUAUAUUUUGCACAAUAGGAACUGAAUGGUGAAUAAUGUAUUAUGUCAUUUUGGAGUAACUUUUUAUUGUAAUUAAGAAUAGAAGAUGUUUCCGAACACUUCUACAUUAAUGUGGAUGCUAUGAUGAUUAUGGAUAAUCAUGAAUCAUGAAUCAUGAUGAGUGAGAAAGUUACAGAGGCACAAAGUAUCACGUUUCAGGAGAGAGACCCAGAUGCAGACAGUGUCGAUGUAACAAAAGUUUAUUACAAGUUCCUUUUUGUACCUGGAGGGGGUGGAGACAAUCACAAAGACAGGUGAAAACAGAUCAGGGUGUGACACAAUGAUCAUACCCCCUAACACAUGCUAACCUCCCCUGUUAUUGGUAAUGGUGAGACGUUGUAUGUUUUGUUGUAGCGUCUGUAACUUCUCACUCAUCAUUAUUCAUGAUUUAUUUUCUUAAUCAUGCAUUAUCAGAUUAAUUUAGAAGUGUUCAGAAACAUCUUAUCCCAGAAAUAACAUUAAUGGUGAGGGUUAGUAUGUUUUGUUGUAGCUUCUGUAAACUUCUCACUCAUCAUUAUUCAUGAUUCAUUUUCUUAAUCAUGGCGUUAUCAGGAUUAAUUAGAAGUGUUCAGAAACAUCUUAUCACAGAAAGAAAAUUACUCCAGUCAUCAUUCACCAUUCAGUUCCUAAAGGCAAAAUAUUACGCAAAACACAACCAAAACCAAACUGCAAAUGCAUCCAACAAGUUUGUAGAGUUACUUUUGACUACUAUAAUAGUGAAUUGCCCCAAAUACUUAUGACUUCUCAAAUGGGGGGACUAGAUACAUAAAAUGCUCUCAUUUCUAAACGGUAAAACAGAUACAGUAUGUUUGAAAAUACCCUCAAAUAAAAAUUGACAUUCUGUAAUGUUGCCUCAUUUGAAACAUUUGAUCUCAAAUCCAAAAUGUUGGAGUAUACAGCCAGAAAAAAUAAAUAAUUGCUUCACUGUCCAAAUACAUACGGAGGGGAGUGUAUCUCUGUCAAAUCUUGAAUGUCCGUACUUUGGUCCUAAUUUCUCAUCCAUCAUUUUCACAUGGUAUGUGUUUAGGUUCAUCAAAGAUCAUAUGGAGGAGUGCACAACAUAUCUCCAGGAGAAGAGUAAUGCUGUGGGAUGUAGACUGUCUUAUGACAAGUCUGACAGGUUUAGAACACUGACAACCAAGCUGGUCCAUCAGAACAAAAGUUAUGUGCAGAACCAUAACCUCAAAAGCAUGGGUAGGUUUUUUUUCUCAAUCAAAUCAUAACAUUACAUACAGAACAGCAUUAAACAUGAAGAGCAAUAGUCAUCUUACUUUAGGCUUUUUAGCAUGUGUGUUUGUCCUAUAUUCAAUCAUCAUUUGAUGUGUCGUUAACGUUUGACCCUCCUUGAUGCUUUUUCUAGUGAAGCUUUACCCUCCUACCAACCUGUCAGUUGAGAUGAACAAAGACCCAGAGCUGAAUCUGUACUGGAACAACAGCAAGAACAACCACUGCAUUGAGAGUGAAGUGCGCUACAGAAUAAACAACUACAAGUGGCAGGUGGGGAGGGGUCAGGACUCAGACGUUGGACUACUGUUUGGACUCUGUAGCCUAAUGGUCAUUUUUCAACAAAAUACUUGACAAAUCUUUGAAAAUAACUCUCUCUCACCUCCACUCUCUCUUUGUUCUUUUCUUCAGACAUCUACUCUGAUCAGAGAACAGAAUUAUGCUGUUCCUUUCCCCUUAAAGAGCAGUCGGUAUGAGUUUCAAGUGAGAGCACGAGUUAACAGCAUUUUGUGGCGAGUCCGAGUUCUGGAGUGAAUGGAGUCAGCCCAUUCUAUGGGAUUCCAUGAAAGGAAAUAACAUCACAGGUAAAUAGAUCCAAAAUCUCUGCUUCGCUUUAUGGUUAUAAGGUUGUGCUCAGGCUUCUGUCAGGACUUUGUCAUGUCAACCUUUCUCUUUGGCCUAGACAUAUCUGGCAGCUCAAUGUCUAUGUGGAAGCCAGUGCUGUCAUUAGUGGGUGCCAUGACACUCUUCAUGUUGGCCUUGCAUGCUGGUCUACAGGGAAAGGUAGGUUUGCCAACAGAAGUUAACACCACACAUAGGCCCCCAAUAAAGUCUAAAAUCAAGGGGUACAGUUUACAUUUUUAAAUCAAUCUCCUUUGGACAUAGUGCUCCAUUCUUCCUCUGAAAAAAGUUAUACUCUGAAUCUGAACUGACCCUAUCACUUUGUAGAGAACGACUGAGAUUCAUCCUCAUUCCCAUUGUGCCUAAUCCAGGCAAGAACCUGGAUGACAAGGUAGAGGUAAUAUUUAUCCCUGGUCCCAUGCAUUGCACUUCAUUAUAAUCUUUGUAUCUUAUAAGUGUUACUGUUAUCUACAGUUGUAAAUCACAUCUUAUAUCUCACAUAUUACAUGUAACCUUUACCUUUAAAGGCCUGGCUUCACGGCUCCAAAGACAUUUGCUUCCAGCCUAACUUCACUGAGCGUGUCUGUCCUGUUCGUGAGUAUCGUCUGGUUCCCCAAACCGGCAGCGUCAGUGAGUCUGAGAGCAACCUCUCCAUCCCAACAGACCAGUCAGAUUCCUUGUCCACGUGCUCUUCCUCAACUUCCACUCUUCCUGUCACAAGUGAAAAUGAACGAGCUGGUUUUGAGUGAGAUUUACAGAGGCUUCGUUCUAAUUACCCUUCUCCCCUAGGUGUGCACUUGCUUGUGUCGUGGUAGAAAUAUUUGACUAAUAGAUAAUCAUCUCAAAAAUAUCUCUCAAGACACCGGAGCUUGUGAAUUCAAGAAUUAGACUUUAUUGCAUAACAAAGCCCAGCUUGCUCCAUGGAACAAAACUGUCUCUCUCUGGCUUAGAGA